AUGUUUGGCUCGAAAUCGAACUUUAUUUUAUUAAUAAUAACAACAUUAAUUUGUAUUUCAUUGACUCACUGUAAAUCAUUCACACCUUCGUUACUAUCCUCUUCUUCAUCAUCAUUUUCUUCUUCUUCUUCUUCAAAAAAUAAAUAUUUAUAUUCAAUUUCAAGUGUAAACCCAAAUAUAGAAUCAGGUCAAAUUGUUUUAGUUAUAGACCCAUUAACAAAUGAAGUUAUUAAAAAUAAAACAGUUUAUAUACCCUAUCGUAUAAUAGAUUUAUUAGAUGUUGAUGAGAGUUCAAAUAGUUUAUUAUUUUUUUGUUUAAUUAAUGAUGCAAAAAAUUUAUUAUUAUCAUUAAAUUUAGAUACAUUUGAAUUUAAAGAGAUUGGUGGAACUUAUGGUGGAUGGGAUUAUACAUAUGCUAGACAACCUUAUAUCUUUGUAAAUGAUAAUGUAUUCUUACCAGCGAAAUUAUCAUUUUAUAAUGCUACAGGUUUAACAGUACUUCAUUGGGAUUUCACAGAUAAGAAUUCAAAGGGUGGAUCAUUUAAAGUCAUUGAGAUUCCAAUCGAUGAUUUCGAUGUAGAAUCUGGAAUUCCAUCAAUGGGUGGAUACGAUUAUGUGAAUGAUUUAUUAUAUGUAACUUAUCAAUCUUUAAAUGACCUUUCAGAGAAUAACUCAACAUCAAUUGUUUGCUUUAACCCAUUCUCAAGUGACACAAAUUCAACUCAUAAAAUUCAUACUGGUAUUACCGAUUUAAUUCCAGGUUAUAUUCAUUUACUUUUCACUGAUCAAAAUGAAGGUGGUUCUCUUUAUGCUCUUUCAAAAUCAUUCAAUACUCAAAGUUCAAUUGAAGUUUGUAAAAUCAAUUUCCAAACUAAUAAUUGUGAUCAAAUUUUAUCAAAAGAAAUGGGUGCCUAUUAUAAUAGUUUCGAUUAUAGACCUUAUUUCAUUGGUGGUCCCCAAAAUUCUGAUUUAAUCCUUUUGGAAUUCACUGAAAAAAAUGCAAAACCUUUUAUAAACUUUCAAUCUGUAAAUUUAUUAACUUGGAAUGAAUCUUCUCCAACUUUACUUUCAAAUUAUUGGACCUCAACUUUUGGUCCAACUUAUUUAACUUUUACUUUUUUCGCUUAUAUUUAA